UUAUUAGAUGCCCAAAAGGGUUAAAGAGGAAACGCAAGCCGAUACGAGCAAAGGUAGGCGUGGGCAGCGGAAUAAACUCGAAGAUAUAGUUAAAAUCUUAAGGCUUUAGUUAUCUAUUCCACACGGCGUUUAGAGGAUGUACCCAUGGGUGAGCAUGAACCCCAGAGCCAUGGGCGCUAGCCUUACUUCUAAACGUGCGAGCACUCAUCUUUCGUUCCUUCCUCUUGAUGAGACCUUUGGCGGCAGCAGUGUGGUUCUACAAGCGCGCAUACACUAACUAAUUUGAGUAAUCUAUCCCUCUUACUUACUUUUACUAUGAGAUCUUCUUACUUACACUGUCAUCGUUAUAUUGCCUUCGUCGUCUCGUUUUUCGCAUCUGUAACUAGGUCUAGUAUAGUCGCUUCUUCAAGUUCUUUUAUGACUUCUUUUUCUCAAAACAACCCACAACCACAUACUGACACUUAGAAGCUACCAAUCCACGAAGUUUGCCGCUCGCCGCCUCAGCGACUUGAUGGAAGUCCUCACUACCAUUUCACUCCAUGGAAAUACUGAUCUUAAAAAGUCCUAGGCUCACCUUCUUACUACUUAUAUAUAAGUUUAAACUCGCUUUUUCUUUCUCCGCUAUUGAAUUUGAAAUCCCUAAAGAUAAGUGUCCUCUCAAUCAAACCCUAACUAGCUAACACGUCAAAAGGAUGAAGAUGCUUGUCCGUUUUUCCAGCCUUUGCGUGGCUGUUGCAACGGCGCAGGAGACCUUCGAUCAACGAGCUGCGUACAAGUACAUGGCAGGUUUCAUGCAAAAGCUUGGGAAGUACGUUGGUGCGGGUCAUGCAAAAGCUUCUAGCUGUUCAGCCGCUGACUUGGAUAUUUGGAGCAACGGCACAGGAAAGUCAGACUUCAAGCUAAGGGUCAUGUUGUAGGUGAAGAUUGAUUAUAGUCUCAAUACUGGAGUUGAUCGAGUGUGCUAAUGUGAAGACUAGAACUUGAUUAUUUUACGUCCUAUUUUUAGCAUACAGCUCUGAAGAUCAGACGAAAGGACGACUUACUGUAGAAGCUGGGCUAACAAAAGUUCGAACCGAUAUUAACAAGAUAGUAAAGAUUUCCUUCAUGAUUUAUGCUAGUAGCCUCUUUGGGCGACUCUUCUUUGUUAACUGCAUAUGGUUCCGCUAAUGUCGGCAUACAUGACAACGUGUGGAAAAAAAUGUUGGGGUGCUGGCGACUGCGUUGCUGACUGCGUGGAAAAAACUGAGAUUAUGAUUUUUACUAGUAACAAAGGAUCAAUACGCGGCGCCCUAUACGAUUAUAUGCUUCUUUUCAUUAGGAUUAGAUUCCCAUCUGAGGAUCCAGCCAUUUCUUGUAUCCCCUAAUAUUCCCUAACUUCAUGACUCAGUCCCAUCAAUCUCAAUGGCACUCCCCACCGACCACGACGACCCCCUUUCAUAGAAAACUACUCCUCGGAUUGUGCUACUUGUUUUGGUACCCUUGGCGAGUGUACACGCAACCAUUGUAUGAUGCCAUGUAUGAAUGGACAGACGCCGUCUUGCACCGCUUGCACCCAAAAAUACUGCGUGCCUGACUUCUCGUCUUGUACUUAUGGCAAAAAAGAAUUGUUGUGUUAUAUUGCAUGCGCAUUUACGGAUAUGCUUCUUUCGGCCCGCAUCCACAUUCGAAGAACUUAACCUCAAUUCUUAACUCAUUUGCUCAUAAGUCCUAUUGGAAGAAUCAAAAUCAAGGAAGGAUGGAACCUUGUCGAGAAUGUAUGAUUUAUUUGGCAACUCGACGUGUAGAACGAUGUAGAGUUGGGUUUAAGGGUAGAAAUUGUUAGGGAAAUUUUAGGCGUCUUACCGAGUAGAUUCAAAGCAUCAUCAAGUUGGUAGUGUUAGAAGUUAUAUCUCUAAGUUUCCGGCCUCGCCGUGUCCGAUAUUCCAACGUCCUAUCUGGAUUUGGCGGAAAAGAAGCCAGAAGCGAAGAAGCAUGUGGUUGGAGGAAAGACGAGGUACUGAAUUCGACCUCUUAGGUCUAAUAUGUGUAGAGUAGAACUAUAGACUCAUUCUACUACCUUUUUCUACUUCUUGGAGAUAGGAGAUCAGAUUGAAAAGACUCUACAAAUUAAUUAAAAGGAAAAUGCUGCUUAUCAUGUUCUAGGUACCAGCUUUUUAUCCAUUUUUAUCACAGCCCGACCACGGAACAAUGGAUCUAACGUUGCUCACACAGCCACAAGAACCGACGAGGUCGUGGGCGAUGCCCUUAUUCAAGGUUAAUUGGAAGUGGUGAAGCAGAAGCCGCGUUUUUUAGCAUGAAAUUAGGACUGAUUUUUUGCAGACUCCAUAUUUGAAAUUCGAAAAGAUUCCUUACAAAGGUUUUUUGUGUAUGAAAAUAUAACUGGAAUCGAUACUAGCAGUGAGGUUCAGAACCGCUUGCAGGCCGAUAUUUCUUUUUGUGUAUAAAAGUUACUCUCACAACCUCAACAACUGGAGAAGACUCGCACGCCUGGAUGCAUUAUGGAAGUCUUUUUUUUUUCGAGGAAGACUCACUAGCUAACAGACUCCUGCUCCCUCUGUUGCUCAGUUUGUCAGGGGAGCAACGGUCACGCAAAGUGCAAGCAUAAGCGUCUCCUGCGUUUUUCAAAAUUGUCUCUUCCCAUUUUCUUUUCCAUCGUGGAUCGCUUUCUUGAAG